AGAAAGUGCGGAGACACGUAGUGAAAAUGGGAGGAUCCAGGAGGAGGCCGGCUCCCGGGUAGUGUAUAUUUAUCUGUAAGUGAGCUGCCGGGCAAGGAUUAAAUACCGACUCCUGCCUGCUGCUGGGCCACGGGACACAGCUGAGCUGAAUUGCUGAUUUAACUUUCAAAUCCCCAGCUGGGUUUAUUUGUCUCAGAAUCGCUGUGUUGCUAAGACCGGGGACGCUGUUUUCUUUUCACAAAGGGCGAUCUAAGUUCAUUUCAAGGCAUCCGACAUGGGGAAAGACUAUUACAGCAUUCUGGGAAUUGAAAAGGGAGCUUCCGAGGAAGAUAUUAAGAAGGCUUACCGAAAGCAAGCCCUCAAAUUCCACCCGGACAAGAACAAGUCUCCCCAGGCAGAAGAAAAAUUUAAAGAGGUCGCGGAAGCUUACGAAGUCCUGAGCGACCCGAAGAAGAGGGAGAUCUAUGACCAGUUCGGGGAAGAAGGCUUGAAAGGAGGAGCAGGAGGUACUGAUGGACAGGGAGGGACCUUCCGGUACACUUUCCAUGGCGACCCUCAUGCCACAUUCGCAGCAUUUUUCGGAGGUGCCAACCCCUUUGAGAUCUUCUUUGGAAGACGGAUGGGUGGUGGUCGAGACUCUGAAGAAAUGGAAAUAGAUGGAGACCCCUUUAGUGCCUUUGGAUUCAGCAUGAACGGGUAUCCAAGAGACAGGAAUUCCGUAGGACCAUCCCGUCUCAAGCAAGACCCUCCAGUGAUUCAUGAACUUAGAGUGUCGCUUGAAGAAGUAUUUAGUGGUUGUACCAAACGGAUGAAGAUUUCUCGAAAAAGAUUGAACCCUGAUGGAAGGAGUUACAGAUCUGAGGACAAAAUUCUCACCAUUGAAAUUAAAAAAGGAUGGAAAGAAGGCACCAAAAUUACUUUUCCAAGGGAAGGAGAUGAAACACCAAAUAGCAUCCCAGCAGACAUUGUUUUUAUUAUUAAAGACAAAGAUCACCCCAAAUUUAAAAGAGAUGGAUCAAAUAUAAUUUAUACAGCUAAAAUUAAUUUACGGGAGGCACUGUGUGGCUGUUCACUUAAUGUCCCAACAAUGGAUGGAAGGAACAUCCCGAUGUCAGUCAAUGAUAUUGUGAAACCCGGAAUGAGGAGAAGGAUCAUUGGAUACGGGCUGCCGUUUCCAAAAAAUCCUGAGCAGCGUGGUGAUCUUCUAAUAGAGUUUGACGUGUCCUUCCCAGACACAAUAUCUGCAGCAUCCAAAGACAUUCUCAGGAAGCACCUUCCUGCCUCAUAGAACGAGAAGGGCUUUGUUACCCUAUUUUGAUAAGACACUGACGAUAUAAAAGGACUGGUUUUUCACUGAUGCAGAGGUGAAUUCUGUGUAAAGAUGUGCACAUUCUUUUGAAGGGUCAUUCAGUUGCAUGCGUAGAGACGGGUCAACUACACCGGCACACGGGAUUUUUACAGUUAGGGAUGAGGAGAGAGCCACUUCACUGCACUUCAUCUCAUUUCUUCCAGGUCAGAAGGCUUUAGCAUCUCGCUUCCAAGUAACAGUUGGUUUUGUGGAGUCAGUUACUAUAUUUCUAGUAAAGUACUAGGUCAUCCCAGUACUUUAUUGCUUAUAUCUUUAAAUGAUCAGUGUAGUGGCUUCCUUAAUAGGAAUUAGAAUUCUUUACACAUAUAUGUGAAAGAGGAGAGCAAGCGAAGGCAUUUGGCAACGGUAAGUAGGUGUGAGCCCCUUCUGAACACUGCUUUGGGUUGCGUGUAACACAGCGUGCUGAGUGCGCGCCUCACUCUGACUCGGGAAACAGCCGCAGCUGGUCUUAGAAACACGGUUGUGAUGUCCUUUGAGCAGACGUCGUCUUCACCAAGAGAGAAUGGCAACUUCUCUCCUGUGGAAAUCCCAACAGCCUGGCUUACUGAUAUCUUAGAAAUAGACCAUUUUUAAAACACCAUACGUAAUAUUAUGUGAGUUGACUAUAUAUAUCUUGAAUGUAAAUUAUAGGCUCAUUUUCUUGUUUGUUAGUUUAUAAUAAUUUGUUUAAUAGUAAAUGUGGUUUUAGAGAAAACACUGUUACGGAAUUAAUUUUCCAAUUACACAGUCAUGUAUAACUUAUGCAUAAUAUGCUAUAUGUAUCUUAAAUAAUUUCCCUAAAAACAAUGAACUACCACUAUGGUAUUAAACCAAAAUAUGGGGAAAAAAACACUAACUGCUGCUUUAUGGAUAUAUUGCUACUACCUGUUAUGCACAUAAAUAUUUUACUUUUUCAUA